AUGGCUUUAGACAUCCUCGCUGUGGCCCCAUUCUACCAAGGCUCUGCCAUCAACAGAAUAAGGCUAAAGACAGAGCCAUCCAAAAAGCCAGCUGACCCACUGAAACCCUUGGUCCCCUCUAAGGCCAAGCUCACGACCAUUGAGGCUAAGAGAAUCAUGGCUGUACUGGAUGAGGCCAUCUACAAGGUGGAAUUGGUGACUUUGCUGUCAUAUGUGGCAGCCAGUCCAGAGGAUCUGGAAGGAAUGCUGGGGGAGGACAUCAUGAGGGCAAUAAGAGAGCAUGAGGACCUCUGCCAGAUACUCCUGGAAAACGUCAGUUACCUGAAGGAAGAAGAAAGGCAUUUGCAGGAGGAGGAAGAAGCCAAGGAGGAAGGGUGGCUCAGAGACCGCUUCUUCUUCUUAGAGUUGAAGAAAUCCAGCCUCCCACCACUCAUGCAAGAGGUCAGAGACUCCACCAAGAACAUCCUGAGACUCUUGCUCAGGAACCCCCAGGCUGCCAGGUUCCUGCAGAUGCAGGCACUGGCCAGAAGUGCAGAAGUCCAGCAUUUUAUUGACAGCCUCAUAGAACUGCGGGGUUUCCUGUUUGAGAAGCUACUCACUAGUCCCAUGGAAGCCAGGGAUAAGGCCCAGUUCAUACAGGACAUCAGUAGACGGAAUAGGAGGAACCAAGAAAUCAUCGACACGCUUGAAAAUGAAUUGGCAGUGAGAGUGAAGAACAGGGAUGCAGAGGUAGAGAAGGAGAACACUGUGAUCCAGGAACUGAAGAACCACCUGCACCAGGUGCUCAAGUUCUCAGAGAACAGCCUCCUUCGCACUCAGCAGGAGGCUGAGAAGCAGCAGAAGGCGGACUUCCGGGCCUCGCAGGCCAGGGUGGCCAAGAUCCAGAAGGAGAUGAUGAUGCUGCAGUCACAGUACCACAACCUGGUUAUGGAGAACCGGGAGACGGAGCAGGCGUUGAGGAAGAAAAAAUAUAAAGUGGAGACGGAAAUUGAGAACUGGAUCCAGAAAUAUGAUAUGGAGAUGGGUGAAAAGCAGGAGGAGUACGAGGAGCUGGAGAUCAUCCACAAGGAGGAGAAGGACCAGUUGGGCGAGCUCAAGAAGAGGCACGACUUGUUGGUGGAGGAGUUCGCCCAGAUCCAGGAGGAGCGAGAGAUCAACUCCAAGAAGAGGAUGGAGGCUGAGCGCGAGAUGGUGCGCAUGGUGCGGGCGGCCACACUCAUCCAGGCCAUGUGGAAGGGCUACCUGGUUCGCUCCAUGCUCAGGUCCAAGAAGAAGCGGGGCAAGGGCAAAGCGAAGGGCAAGGAGAAGGGCAAGGAGAAGGGCAAGGAGAGGGGCAAGGAAAAGGGCAAGGAGAGGGGCAAGGGCAAGGGCAAGAAAUGA